CCCGAGAUCGAAACAUUCUCUGUUCCCGCAGUGGGAGUCAGUGGGUAUCCCGGCUUUGUGUAUUAAAUUGAAUCCGCAAGAAAACGCAUGCUUUCUACUUUCAGCCGCGUUCAACCAGAGCUUAAGUAGACUGAUAAAGAAGAAAAGAGGACCACAGAAGAAAGGAGACAAAGCAGAGUGAGGAGAUUCCAGUGGAACGCCAGACGGGGGAGACCGUGGAAAAGCAGGGAUCUUUGGGUUUGUGCUCAAACAGCAGGGUUGCUGAGGCCGGAGAGAGAAGCGUGCUGUAAAAGACUGCGAUGCACCGCUUAAGGACUUGCGCUGCAAGGCUGCGGCCCAUCGCGGCCUCUCGGAUCAACCGGAACUUUUCGCAACGGAGGCCGGCAGCCAUGGCCAGGACGUUUUGGCCAAUCAGGUGCUACACCGCGCCUGUGGCCGCUGAGCCUUUCCUCAAUGGGACCAGCUCUAACUAUGUGGAGGAGAUGUACUAUGCCUGGCUGGAGAACCCCAAGAGCGUGCACAAGUCUUGGGACAUCUUCUUCCGCAACGCUAACGCGGGCGAGCCGCCGGGUGCCGCCUAUCAGAGCCCGCCCCCUCUGGGCAUCAGCCUAUCAGGGCAGGUGCAGGCACUGGUGGGGGCCCAGCCCAAUGUGGAAAAGUUGGUGGAGGACCACCUGGCAGUGCAGUCACUCAUCCGAGCUUACCAGAUUCGUGGCCACCACAUGGCUCAGCUGGACCCUCUGGGAAUAAUGGAUGUGGAUCUGGACUCCUGCAUCCCCUCUGACAUAGUCACUCAUUCAGAUAAGCUUGAGAUUGCCAGGGUCAAAGAGCAUCUCAAUAAACUGGUCGUCCAAGGUUUCUAUGGGCUGGACGAGUCGGACCUGGACAAGGUGUUCCGCCUCCCCACCACCACCUUCAUCGGGGGCAGUGAGAGUGCUCUGCCCCUCAGAGAGAUUAUCCGCCGCCUGGAGAUGGCAUACUGUCAGCACAUUGGGGUGGAGUUCAUGUUCAUCAAUGACCUGGAGCAGUGCCAGUGGAUCCGGGAGAAGUUUGAGAAGCCGGGAGUGAUGCAGUUCACCCAGGAGGAGAAGAGGACCCUGCUGGCCAGGAUGGUGCGGUCUACCAGGUUUGAGGAGUUUUUGCAGAGGAAGUGGUCCUCAGAGAAGCGCUUCGGGCUGGAGGGGUGUGAGUCACUGAUCCCGGCCCUCAAGACCAUCAUCGACAAAUCCAGUGAGAACGGCGUGGAGAAUGUCAUCAUGGGCAUGCCCCACAGAGGUCGUUUGAACGUCCUGGCCAACGUGAUCCGUAAAGAGCUGGAGCAGAUCUUCUGCCAGUUUGACUCCAAGCUGGAAGCUGCUGAUGAGGGCUCAGGUGAUGUGAAGUACCACUUGGGGAUGUACCACAGGAGGACCAACCGUGUGACCAACCGGAACAUCACCUUGUCGUUGGUGGCCAACCCCUCCCACCUGGAGGCGGUGGACCCUGUAGUGCAGGGCAAGACCAAGGCCGAGCAGUUCUACCUCGAAGACACGAACGGCAACAGAGUGAUGUCCAUCCUGCUGCACGGUGAUGCAGCGUUUGCUGGCCAGGGCGUUGUGUACGAGACCUUCCACCUGAGUGACCUUCCGUCCUACACCACCCACGGCACCGUGCACGUCGUAGUCAACAACCAGAUUGGUUUCACCACAGAUCCCCGCAUGGCACGCUCCUCUCCCUACCCUACUGAUGUGGCGCGGGUGGUCAACGCGCCCAUCUUUCACGUCAACGCCGACGACCCCGAGGCCGUCAUGUACGUGUGCAAGGUGGCGGCCGAGUGGAGGGCCACCUUCCACAAGGACGUGGUGGUGGACCUGGUGUGCUACCGGAGGAAUGGCCAUAAUGAGAUGGACGAGCCCAUGUUCACCCAGCCGCUGAUGUACAAGCAGAUAAAGAAACAGAAGGGAGUUCUGCAGAAAUACGCAGAGAAGCUGGUCGCUGAGGGGAUUGUGACACGGCAGGCGUACGAGGAGGAGGUAACCAAAUAUGACAGGAUCUGUGAGGAGGCACACGAGCGCUCCAAGGAUGAGAAGAUUAUGCACAUCAAGCACUGGCUGGACUCUCCAUGGCCUGGUUUCUUCACUCUGGAUGGUCAGCCGAAGAGCUUGAGCUGCCCUUCCACAGGGGUGAGUGAGGAGGAGCUCAGACACAUCGGCCAGGUGGCCUCAUCUGUGCCCAUCCAGGACUUCACCAUCCAUGGAGGUCUGAGCCGUAUACUGAAGGGUCGUGCAGCGAUGGUUGGGGGCCGCACGGUGGACUGGGCCCUGGGGGAGUACAUGGCCUUCGGCUCCCUGCUGAAGGAGGGCAUCCAUGUGCGCCUCAGCGGCCAGGACGUGGAGAGGGGCACCUUCAGCCAUCGACACCAUGUCCUGCAUGAUCAGAACGUUGACAAGAGGACCUGCAUCCCCAUGAACCACAUCUCCCCAAACCAGGCACCCUACACUGUGUGUAACAGCUCUCUGUCAGAGUACGGAGUGCUGGGGUUUGAGCUGGGCUAUGCCAUGGCCAGCCCCAAUGCGCUGGUUCUGUGGGAGGCCCAGUUCGGGGACUUCCACAACACGGCCCAGUGCAUCAUCGACCAGUUCAUCUGCCCUGGCCAGGCCAAGUGGGUCCGACAGAACGGCAUCGUGCUUCUGCUCCCUCACGGCAUGGAGGGCAUGGGCCCAGAACACUCCUCCGCCCGUCCAGAGAGGUUCCUGCAGAUGUGCAACGACGACCCGGACGUGCUCCCGAAAAUGACGGAGGACUUUGCCAUGCGGCAGCUGUAUGACUGUAACUGGAUCGUGGUCAACUGCUCCACGCCUGCUAACUACUUCCACGUAAUGAGGAGGCAGAUCCUGCAGCCCUUCCGAAAACCGCUCAUCAUUUUUACCCCCAAAUCACUGCUGCGCCACCCAGAGGCCAAGUCCAGCUUUGACGAGAUGAUUUCAGGCUCUCAUUUCCAGCGGCUGAUCCCAGAGCAGGGUCCAGCAGCUCAGAGCUCAGGGAGGGUGAAGCGCAUCAUCUUCUGCACAGGGAAGGUGUACUAUGAGCUCACCCGUGAGCGCAGAGCCCGCCACAUGGAGGACACGGUCGCCAUAGCGCGUAUCGAACAGCUCUCUCCGUUCCCUUUUGACCUGGUGAAGGCGGAGACGGAGAAGUAUCCCAAGGCUGACCUGGUGUGGUGCCAGGAGGAGCACAAGAACCAGGGUUACUAUGACUACGUCAAGCCUCGCAUUCGCACCACCAUCAACCGCACAUGCCCAGUCUGGUACGUUGGUCGAGACCCUGCCGCGGCUCCUGCCACUGGGAGUAAACACACUCACCUGCUGGAGCUCCAGCGCUUCCUGGACACUGCUUUCAACCUGGACGCCUUCAAGGGCUGGUCUUAGCCCCCUCUCCCCGCACACCGCACACCAUGCACACCCCCACCUCCACCCACAGCCAAACACUGUAUUACAGCUCCGCCUUUAACCCCAGCCGCACACGCUGUUCCCGGGCUCCCCGUCUGGCAGCACGCAGCAUCGGCCAAAACACACCCCCGAAAAUCCUUCUCUUUCUUUUGUCAGGAGUGUCAAGUGUCACUACUGUUAUUUAUUUUUUAUUCUUCUUUGCGGUGAAGAUGGUCGGUGCUGAGAUGAGGACGUUAGCAAAGCCCCGGUUUCAGUCACAUUCAAGAUGGCAGAUGAGGUCCAGUCAUGCAGAAUUCUCACCUGCCAGCUGCCAUGCCUAAAAUGGCCACCACAUGAAUCCUAAUGGCCUUAAAAAAAUUUUAAUUUUGUUUUAAUUGCUCAAAAUUCUCCACAAAUUUUGCUUUUGUUCUUCCAAAUGAAUGCUCUCUCCCCUCCUCUUAUUAGUGCAGACAGCCCCCAUGUGAUGCUUCUGGGCCAAUCGUAGUGUGUACAUGAAGGUGAAAGCCUGUCAGGGAGCAGUGGGACCAGCCCUGCUGAGCUUCAUCUGCUGAACUGUCCACCCACCCACGGCCAUCACAUCUCCACUGUCAGUAGCUUUCGUUUCCCUUGUUUAAAAAAAAAAAAAAAAA